AUGAGACAAUAUCUCCAUCUUGUUCAAAAUCAACAUUUCAUGAAAAUGGAUGCCAGUAAGCUUCUGGCUGAGAGUCUUGGUAAAGGCCCAUGGUAUGCAAGGCUUAUUCGUACCUGGGCAAAUCAAUGGAAAAACCAAGGAAAAUUAAUAAAAUCAAAGCAUGGUCAGCAUAUAAAGAUAAAAUCUUUAAUACACAAUAAAAACGUUCAACUUCAAAUAAAUCAGUAUUUGGAGACAAAUAAGUUUAAAUUAACCAUUUCAAAUUUUAUAAACUAUGUUAGCAGUAUUAUGCUUACUUUUGGAAUUACAUAUAAGACAACUAUUAGUAGGUCAACUGCAUGCAAGUGGUUAAAAUUAUUGGGAUGGAAAUACCAAAUCCAUACAAAAAAAAUGUUUUUUGACAGCCAUGAACGUGAAGAUGUGGUAGAAUAUAGGAACCACUUUUUGCAAAAAAUGGCUAGUUUACAAAGUCAAAUGGCCACAUAUGAGGGUGAAAAUUUAGAACAAGUUAUCUUGCCAGAACUUUCUUCCGAUAUGCCAGAAAUAGUUCCUGUUACCCAAGAUGAGACCAUGUUUUAUGCAAAAAAUGGCAUGAAAAUGUAUUGGAGCCCAAAGGGUGAAUAUACUAUAAGGAACAGUACCAAUGAUCCAUCGGAAACAGGUCCUAGUAUUCAUGUUAGUGAUUUUACCUGUGAAUCUAUCGGGUGUCUCAAACUAUCAGAAUAUGAAUGUACUAUAAAUAACUUACUUUCUGAUUAUAUGUGUCUUAAGUAUACCAAAGCAUGCAUUACUAUCCACCCAGAUGUAAAUCGUGAUGGUUGGUGGACAACUGAUAAUUUAGUUGAACAAAUAGCUCUAUUCAUGUUUGAUCAUAGCAGCAAUUAUAGUUCAUUUGCUGAAGAUGCCCUUUUAGUUACACAAAUGGGCAUGAGAAAUGGUACAAAAAAACCACUUCUUCGUAAUUGUGUAAAACCUGAUGUUACUGAGCAUAUAAUGACCUAUGUAGAUAAUAAUGGUGUAGUAAGACCUAAGGGAAUUAAACUGCCUGAUCCAAACAACCUAGACUGUUGCACUUCACGUAUUCUUUCAGCCCAACCUGAUUUUGCAGCUCAAAAAUCACACCUACAAGAGGUAAUUGAAGCAGCUAGUCAUAUGUGCAUUUUUUACCCUAAGUACUAUUGUGAACUUAAUUAUAUUGAAUCUUUUUGGGCUGAGGCAAAACGUUAUGCAAGGCUUAAUUGUGAUUACACUUUUAAGGAUCUCAAAAAAACUGUUCCAAAAGCAUUAAACUCUAUUGAUUUAACAAAGAUUCGACAUUUCACUUGCCAUUCUGCACGCUUUAUGAGUGCUUAUGAACUUGGACUUUCCAGAAAAGCUGCCAUCUUUGCAGUAAGAAAAUAUCAUUCUCAUCAUCGAGUUCUGAAAAAAGUUCUUGAAGAAUUUGAUGAAUGCACUCAUGACUAA